UUGGUUUAUGCCCUUUCUAGGGACUGUUAGAGGGAGAGAGACAGAGUAGCAGACAGGAGGAGAGGAAGCAAGUGAAACAGACAGACAAAAAGAGCUUUUAGUUUGUUUUCUUUCAUUUCCAUUCAUCUUUAGUGAUGAUGUUAUGCAUUUCAAAGGCUCUUCUUGUACAAGAUAAAAUUGCACUUUUUGAGCACGUUUCAUAGCUAACUGAAAUCAUCCAUGCCAGUUAGCCUGCAUUCACAACACUCUUGGAUACUUGCAAGCCUUGCUUUUCACAGUAAUUAAAUGGCAAAAGUCACCAUGUUGGAAAACUGUACUGGCUUAAAUGAGUCCUAUUUGAACACCAAAGAACCAGGUGCAGAGCUGUUCAGCACUUUUAAUUCCGAAUUGACCAUAGCAUUAGCUGUUUUUAUGGCUGUGCUGAUUAUCCUAAUAGUACUGGGAAAUGCUCUGGUUCUCUUGGCAUUUGUAGUGGACACCAGCUUAAGAACACGGAACAAUUACUUUUUGCUGAACCUUGCUAUCUCGGACUUUUUAGUAGGUGCUUUCUGCAUUCCUUUGUAUAUACCCUAUGAGCUAACGGGGAAGUGGCAGUUAGGAAAAGACUUGUGCAAACUCUGGCUCGUUCUGGAUUACCUAAUGUGUACAUCUUCAGCAUUUAACAUAGUCCUGAUUAGUUACGACAGAUUUCUUUCUGUAACUCGACCGCACAUAUACAGAGCACAGCAAUGCAAGAUAAGAAAUGCUAUUUACAAGAUGAUUCUGGUAUGGGUCUUAGCAUUCCUGCUGUAUGGACCCGCCAUUAUUAUUUGGGAGUAUGUAGCAGGAAAAAGCAUUGUCUGCAAUGGACAUUGUUACACUGAAUUUUCUGAUAACUGGUACUUCCUAAUGACAGCUUCAAGUUUGGAAUUUUUUGCACCAUUUAUCAGUGUGACUUUUUUCAAUGUCAGCAUCUAUCUCAAUAUUCGAAAUCGUACCAAAUCGUACUCUGAAAAUUUGCUGGAUACUCCAAGCCAAUCCUUAGUUCAGAAAAGUAAGGCAAAGUUUGGGUUAACAGUGUUGUUUCAUUUCUGCAAAUCUCAGCAUAAGCCUCCGGAAGUCCAUUCAGAAGGAAAUAAACAGAACAUUUCAAACCAAAAUGAGCAGCAUACUUCUGAAAUGCUAGGAAAACAAAGUGAAUCAGACAGCUGUUUUGAAGGCACGAGUGAGAUGGAGUCUAGUCACUGUAACAGCGAGGAAAAGCCAAGUUCCAAAAAAGCUGGCAGGAAGUCGACAUCCAUGUUAUGUCAGGAAAAGAAAAUAAAGAAUGCUCAUCAACGAUUCAGACUGUCCAGGGACAGAAAAGUUGCAAAAUCUCUUGCAGUCAUAGUUUGCAUUUUUGGGAUUUGCUGGGCACCGUACACUUUACUUAUGAUCAUUCGAGCAGCGUGUCAGAACACAUGUGUAUCGCAGUAUUGGUAUCCAAUUUCAUUUUGGCUGCUUUGGAUAAACUCUGCAAUAAAUCCUGUUCUUUAUCCUUUAUGUCAUCAAAGCUUCAAGAAAGCUUUCUUAAAACUUUUGUGCCCCUCAAGGCUAAAGCCUCAUGCUUCCAGUAUACAUGCAAGCUAUAAGUAAAGCAUCAGUGUGCGAGCAAACAACUGCUCAGAGUUCCAUUCAUGUGUCAUGUGCUGAAGUACAUAUUUCCACAGACUGAGCUUUAAAACGAACAUAUAGGACAAAACAUCUGAUGGACAUUUUUGUUUUAUAAUUCAAGGGGUGUGAUACAUUACCGAAUGUCAACAUAUGAAAAAAAUGCAUUCAGCUAACUUCAGCUUUAAUACAAAAAUCUAUUCAACCUGCACUUUUUCAAUAAACCAGAAUUCUUAUAACUUACAUAUUCAUUUGAAUAUUUAUACUCUGCUAAAAACUAUCAUUGCUAAUGUAAUAUAUGUUGCUGUAACCGUUGUUAUGUAUCACAUUUCCAGGAAAAUAAAAUAUUUUAUUAAAAAAUGUUUGAAAUGCUUGCAGACCUA